AUGUGCAAGAGAUUCCUCUGGACAGGCAAAGCUGAACUUACAAGGAAAUCAUUAGUAGCUUGGAGCAGACUAUGCCAUCCUCAGUCAGCAGGUGGUUUGAAUUUCAUUGACAUAUUCCUUUGGAAUAAAUCUGAUGUUUGCAAACUACUAUGGAAUAUGUGUAUGAAGAAAGACAAACUUUGGGCAAAGUGGAUUCAUGCAUACUAUGGGAAAGGUAGAAGUGUUUGGGAGAUUGAACCAAAACAAGCAUCAUGGGUAGUGCAGAAGAUAUUCAAGGCAAAAAAAAAAUAUUUUGAUGAAGCUGGGUUCUCCAGGAUUGAGCUACAAGUUGUACAACAACCAUCCAUCAAAAGUAUCUACCAAAGAUUACAAGGGCAAUUUGACAAAGUCAGCUGGAAGGGUAUAAUCUGUGGUAAGCAAGGCUCUCCAAAAUGGAUUUUCAUACUGAGAUUAGCUGCACUGGAGAGGUUGUACACAUGUGAUAGAUUAAUUAAAUGGGGCAUGGAUAAUAUUGAUGAACAAUGCCAGCUAUGCAGAGGGGCACCAAAGACACUAAACCAUGUAUUCUUUACGUGUCCUUUCUCAGGAUCCAUUUGGUUGAGAUUGUUACAAUGGCUUCAUAUUAACGGAACCAACAUGGGGUGGGAUGAUGAAUUGAAAUUGGCUGAAACAUGGUGCAAGGGAAGAAGUAGCAGGGCUAAGGUGUACGAGAUUGUGCUUGCAGCAACUGUGUAUUAUGUAUGGAAGUAG